AUGGACAAUGAACUCAGCUCUGGAACUGCCCCCGGCUAUGCACACAAGAAGUUUUCGGCACUGAAGCGUAAACGCAGUCAAGAUGAGGAGUCCGAAGAUGUGGUCUUCGUUAUGGAGCUGCCCGCCAAACGUCGAUUCUUCCGGCCCUGGCUGGAUGAGCCCAAAUCGACAACAAAUUCAUCAGCAGCCACAACUGUAACAGCUGUCACUUCAGUAAAUCAACAACCGCCUCGGAAGCCCAGCCCCAUCACUGUGGCCACCACGUACCACGCCAACAUGGUGCGCUCCCAUGCCCCACGACUGCGCAGUCCGAAGGCGCAACAGCGUCGAGAUCGCAACACUUUGGCCUGUCUCCUGAGCCGCCGGGCCAGACAGGUGAGGCAAGUGGCGAUGGAGGAGCAAUGCGAGCAAUAUCGCUUGCAGCACGAGGCUAAUUUGCAGCAACAGAUCCGUCUCAGCCUGUACUAUGUGCGGUUCCUGCAACAGACAAUGGCCACGACACGAACUCCACUGUCUGACACACAAUCCACGCUGCAGCAGAUCCACAAGUGUUGGCCCCAACAGGCAACUGGCAUGAAGCGUUAA